ACAUGAGGUGUGGCAGACAGGUGAGCCAUGUCAAAACUCGCCUACCUGGUCCUGGAGUAGUGCUGUGGUCACAAGUACAGUUUUACUAGCUCAGCUUCAGUCUACAGCUACAGUCACACGCGCUGGGUCACUCCACACCAUUCUUCUCACUGCACAAUGUCUAUUGUAGUCUACUUCAGCAGUGCCGGUGGCUCUAGAGAGGUGAAGCGGCAGCAGAAUGAAAUUUUCCAUUUUCUGGAUGGGAAGAAAAUCAUAUAUCGCACGCUGGACAUCACCCAGAGCUCGGACUUGAAGGACGAGAUGAGGAAGAAAGUGGGGAACCCCUUAGCUAUGCCCCCUCAGGUCUUUAAUGGAGAUAAAUACUGCGGGGACUAUCAGGCGUUCUUCAAUGCAAUAGAAGACGGCAAACCAGAGACAUUCUUCAAACUAUAAGGCCAAAAGAGGAUUCCUUCAUCAGUGUAUCUUUGUGCAAUAGACAUAAAAGCUCAAAAUGCCACAUGAAUAAUAAAUUUAUAUAUGAAAUUGA